ACCCAAAAUCAGUUUUGAAGUUGGUUCACGCAUUCCCCUUUCGUCUCAUUGUGCUGAAUUGUGAAGGCUUCUCCCAGUUGUAACCGAAAACGAAAACCCUCGAACGAAGCGAAACAACGAGCAUAUGUCAGACUUAAGUGAGAGAAUAUUUCGUCUCCAAAUACGACGUCGUUGAGGUUGGGAUUUUAGCACAAUAUGUCUCUCCGAAUAAAGGCAGUGGUAGAUAAAUUUGUCCAAGAGUUGCAGGAGGCGUUAGAUGCUGACAUUCAGGAUAGGAUUAUGAAGGACAGAGAAAUGCAAAGUUACAUUGAAGAGCGAGAACGUGAGGUUGCUGAGCGUGAAGCUGCAUGGAAGGCUGAUCUUUCUCGCCGUGAGGCUGAGAUUGCUCGUCAAGAAGCAAGGCUGAAGAUGGAGAGAGACAAUCUUGAGAAAGAGAAAAGUGUCUUAAUGGGAACUGCGUCAAAUCAAGAUAACCAAGAUGGAGCCCUUGAAAUUACAGUAAGUGGUGAAAAAUACCGUUGCCUCAGAUUUGCCAAGGCAAAAAAGUAAGGCUUUGCUGGGGUCACAAAAAGGAAAAGUACGUUCUUCACUUCUCCCCUCCCCCAAAAGAGGACUAGUGCUGCCGAGGAAUCACAUGCAAAUUGCAAUGCCAAGCUCAAUUUAAGUACCUCUAGGAGGAACAUUCAUUCAAAUUUAACUGAUUAGUUGUGGUUUACGAUUUCUGCUAGAUUUGAGAUAAGUGUCAUGACUUGCUCAAUUGAAAUUUUUUAUUGAUUAUUUUGUUCGUGACGCCGUGGUUGCUUUGUUUUGCUGAAAAUAUAUUUAAAGGUAUACAUUCCUU